UGUAAGAAGAGACAAAAGUGCUCAGCAGGUAAGAGCGGAGGGUUUUGCCAAGAAGGAACUGUCCUUGAUCGCUGUGACAGGAUUGACUCGCUGGGGACUCCUCUCUCGGGAGCGUCCACGCGUCCCCGAGGGGAUUGCCUGUCUCCUCUCAUCAGCAUCACCCCGAGAAAUUUCACAGCCGCUCUUUCUAGUCCUGCUAAUCCUGUUAUCCGGAGGGUUAUAAAUAUUAACGUCGCUGGGGAUGGGGGACCAAAAUAAGUCCUCUCUGGAGUAAGAUGUCAGCCAGCCUUUUCCCAGCCCACCAGCGCCCGGGGCUGCUGGAUGAGCUGCACGGCAGAGCUCCGCAAGUGCCCUGCCCGGAGGGGCUGCUGCGCACCUCGGUGCUGGAUUUCGUGGCCGAUCUCUCCCUGGGCAGCCCCCAGGGAGCCCCCGGGGCCGGGGCAGGCCUGGGGCUCUGCGAGGUCACCGCCGGGCCUCCCUUCGGGGACAGAGUCCUGUCGCUUCGGGAAGGGAUGGCCCGGGGUUUGCCCCUGGCUGCUUUCGGAAAUGGAGAUCCCGAAGACGAAGAAGAGGAAGAGGAAAGGAUGCGCAGCGUUUCCCUGCUGGACAGACCUAGGAAAAAACGGGUCAUCACCUACGCCCAGCGCCAGGCUGCCAACAUACGCGAGAGGAAGAGGAUGUUCAACCUCAACGAGGCCUUUGAUCAGCUCAGGAAGAAGGUGCCCACCUUCGCCUACGAGAAGAGGCUCUCUCGGAUAGAGACCUUGCGCCUGGCCAUAGUGUACAUCUCCUUCAUGACUGAGCUCCUGGACGGAUGCAGCAGGCAGGAGGCGAGCUAG